AUGGAAGACCCGGCCGUCGCUGCGGACGGCUACACAUACGAGAGGACCGCCAUCGAGUGCUGGCUUUCGGAGCACGAUACAAGUCCCGUCACCGGCAAGGCCCUCGAGACAAAGGUGGUCUUCAAGAAUUGGUCGCUCGUUUCCUCGUCGCCAUCUCCUUCCUUCUCUUCGGAGCCUGGAAGAUGA